AACAACACAAUUGGAUUUUGAGAGUUGGGUUGAGUUGGAGUUCACUCACAGACAGACACAGAGUUGUGUGCCUUCAAUACGAGUCAGUCCUCAGUGUCUGCAGUCUAUAGACUGAACGCAUAGCCAUUGAGUGAAUGCUUCGGUCUUUUCCACUCUCUUCUCGAGUAAACCUUUAAGGCGUUGGCUCUCAAUGUGUGUCCACUCUAUCCAUACAUAACAACACUAGACGUCAAUAUUAACAUUGAUUUCAUUAUAAAUACUGUUUGUCAUCCAAUCAUUUGUUUAUUAUUUGUCAAAACAACUGCUCGUUCAUCGUUUCAAACCUAACAUUCAUUGGUUUUGUGUGCAAUUCAUUCAUAAAACGUCUCAUAAUUUCAAUAAACAAAUAAAGAAAAAGUUAUAUAAAGCCGUACAUGCGAUAUGUGGACGGGAACCGUAGGUUUGGUCAACAAUCAGCACAAGUACUUAACGGCUGAAACAUUUGGCCAUAAAAUCAAUGCCAAUGGAGUGGGACUUAAGAAGAAACAGCAGUGGACUAUAGAGCCGUUUCCUAUCAGUGCCAAUGGAGCCGACUAUUCAAAUGGCAAUCGUUUGGACGAUUUGGACGAAUUGGAAAACGUUGCCAUCAAAUCACACCUCGAUUGCUAUCUGGCCGUCGACUCCUUCGGUAACGUCACCUGUGAGUCAACCGAAAAAACUGAAGGCUCCCGAUUCACCAUCACUAUCUGCUCCAUGUCCUCCACCGCUACUACUCAACAAGAGCAAAUUUCGUGGGCCUUUCGCAACAUCUCUCGCGGUUAUUAUUUGGGCACAACAUCUGAUGGUAUGAUUCAAUGCAACGCAAAGAUGCCUCAAUCGAGGGCUGAGUUAUGGCACGUGCAUCUGAUCCCAGCCCGAGGCGCCACUAUGUUUGCCCUCAAGUCCAUCGGCAGAAAACGAUUCGCCCGAACAAUGCCUUCAGUUUCUGGGCAAAUGAAUGGGGCGUCAAAUGGGAGUGAAGUGAGUGAACAAAUACAAGUGGACGCCACGACUGCCUGGGGUUCGGAGACAUUGUUUCAGUUCAAGUACUUCGAUAGCGGCAAAUAUGCGUUAUUGACAUCCAAUACCAAAUACUUGACAAACGAAGGCAUUUGUAUUGAUUUAAGCAAAAGUCCGAUCGCGUCGUUGCCUCCCAUCGAGUGUCUCUUCACUAUUGAAUAUCAUUGCGGAAACAUUGCGUUCAGAGACAGCGCCGGACGAUAUUUGGCGGCCGCCGGCAGAGCAUCGCUUCUGCGGUCGCGAUCCACUCACGUGACCAAAGAUGAACAGUUCGAGUUCGAGAGCGCACCCAUUCAGGUCGCCCUCAGAGCCACUUUCAACAACAAAUGGGUUUCUACUAAACAGGGUGUCGAUCUGUCGGCCAAUCAAAACGAGUUGACAAAACAGGAAACUUUUCAGUUUGAGUACAAUAACUCAGAUCAGAGCUGGUAUAUCACCACAUAUGAGGGUCACUACUGGGCAUUGGGAGGCGCUUCCACUAUACAGACCAACAAAGACUUGAGCGCAAGAAGUUGUUUCAAAAUCAAAUGGAAUUCAGACGACGGCUCGUGUUCUCUGGCCGUAAGUGAUCCCAAAGCCGGUGACGAAACGCUCACCAAAUGGAUUGGCGCCCGAAAAUCGGGUCAACUCUUCACAUGUCAAUCAGAUUCUGCCGUAAAAUUCUUCGUAAAAUUUUUGAACAGAACUUCCAUUAAUCUGAGAGCGAGUAAUGCUUCGGGUUUUGUUGGACUCAAACUACCGGGUUCGGGAAAACUGGAGUCAAAUAAGACAACACCGGAUUCAAUGCGCAUAGAAUACGCGAAUUCCGAGAACAAUGGUCUCGACUUCUCUGACAUCGACUCCACAUUCAACUGCUGUUACCUAAAGAUGAUGUCAAACAACAAAUACUUGAGUCUCAUUGAGAACAACAGUGUGGCGGCGGACGCGUCUUCGGCCGCCUGUGCCCAACAGUUUCAGAUCGAGUUAAGGAGCGGAACUCAGAUCGCGAUCAAGACAUACGAAUCAAACUCUAAUUAUUUAAAUCUUACCAAAAAUGGUUCAAUAGUUGUCUCCAAUUGUUUGCCAGAAUCGGCGACUCUUUGGGAAUUUUGAACCAAAAUCUCAUAUCAAUUCUCUCUCUCUUUUUCACACUUUCUCUCUCCUAUUGUUGUCUAUUGUAUUUGAGUAUAAAUACUGUGAACACUCGUUAUAGUGAACCGCGUUAUAGUGUGCGUUGAGAUAAGACAGAAAUUGAGACAAUUUAACUAAAAUGUGUACACUAUAUGCGGUUCACUAAAACGCAAAUCUAUUGUAGACCAAAAAUAUUUGACAAAACUUUCCAAUUUUAUUAUGAAAUCUCGUUUUUAACACCGA